AUGUGCCAGUGGCAGGGGGGCAAAGGUCUUUACAUGCAGCUCAAUGCUACUGCCCCAAUUCUCGCCGUGUAUGCCAACCCUGAAGCCUGUCUAAAGAAGGACUUUAGAGUUAAGCGAUCUAGUGUGGUGUAUUUAGUGCAGAUGCUUUCCUCCCCAAAGGACCACGGAUGGGGACAAGACAUCGAGGUGCUUGUUCUCCUCUACAGCUUGGCCCAUGGACUAUCGCUCUCUGUGGUGGGUUCAGCAUUCGGGAUUCCCAAAUCGACGGUCCACAGGAUCAUCAAACACGUCACCGGGAAGAUAAAGGCCAACCUGAAGACCCUCAUUUCCCUGCCAACCGCAGAUGAGCUGCCAGAGAUUGCAGAUGGCUUCUGUCAGCUUGCAAAGAGUCCUGCAUUUCACCGUGCUGCUGGUGCGAUUGAUGGAUGCCAUAUUCGCAUCAAACCUCCAGGAAACGAGUACCACAAGGAGUACAUCAAUUACAAGCUGUUUCCUUCCAUCCAGAUGCAGGCCAUUUGUGACUCAACUGGGAGAUUCCUGGAUGUCUUCAUCGGCUAUCCAGGCACCGUUCAUGAUGCCAGAGUACUGCGAAACAGCCCCAUCUUCUGCCAGGCACUGUUUCCCCCAGCUGGUUGGUUCCUCCUUGGGGACGGUGGUUAUCCCUGCCUGGAAAAACCAGUGGGAUUACUCACACCCUACAAGGUCCCUCGCGGCCAGGUGCAGGCCAGAUUCAACAGGCAUCAUGCCAGGGCUCGGUCUGUGGUGGAAAGAGCAUUUGGAAGGAUGAAGGCUCGCUGGAGGGCCACCCUUUUCAAAGCGCUGGAGGUCAGUCCAAGCUUUGCCCCUGACAUCAUUGCAUGUUGUGCAUUUCUGCACAAUCUGUGCAUAGACAUGAACGAUGUCCUUGAGGUUGCUGAAGCCUUCCCCCCUGAAGAUGGGGACCAGAGUCCUCCUCCUGCCGCAGCAUGUGGACAGGAAAGUCCUGGACACCACCUAAGGAACAGGAUUGCUGCACAACUCUCUGCUCCUGUCCAAAUGGCACCACACCUGAGAGAGCACGAUUACAUCUAA